AUGGAAAAAACGUAAGCUAGGAAGCAACAACCGGAUAUAUUUUUAUAUUAAAACACUUGCUGUUUCAACACGCUUACUAUUCUUGAUAAAAUCUUCUUGCGUCGACUGGGCACAUAAGCAGUUGCCUAAGUAAUUCGUCCACAUCGAAAAUAUUUUUUUGUCUACGGCGUCAUAAAAACGAUAAAAUGAGCUACGUGACGUAACUAACCACCUACCUUUUAGCAUGAAGCUGACUUUUCACAACGACAUCUUGUCAGCCGAACCGUGGCAAGGUCGCGUCAUUUUCGUCUUGAAUUUGCAUCUCCAUGGUCACAUAUGUGCCCAUAUGAAUCGACCCACUAAACAGCGCAAGGCUUCCAGCUUUUCGACUUAUCUAGGUUCUGUCAAGACUUAAAAAUAAUAGUUAAUGGUCGCCGGUACGCGUUUUUCGACAAAACUCUUUCUAGCAGGAUUAAUCCUGCAGAAAUAUUUCUAACCUGCACUGGAGCCGAUUUUUUGUAUUCAGGAAUUCACGAUAGCAAGAACCAUCGCCGCCAACCCGCCUCGAUCGUAGCCGAGUCAUCAGAAACGUCGUCUAUCAGGCAUUCUAGAUCCGGCAACCAAAAAUCGUCAGACAAAAAUUAUUUCUAGAUCUGAGUUAGUUAUAUCUGCGGGCGUUUUGACGUGCCUUCUUACUUACGAUGCCAAUUCAGACAGCGGGUCGAGAGCGGGUGUGGCGAGUCAACUCGAGUCAAGAUCUCGAAGUACGUUGUUAGACCGUCAGAUGCGGUGGUUUUUGUUUGGAUCGCCAGCAGGCGAUGCUCCCAAAUGGGAGAGAAGUUUAAUUUUCAUGGUCUGAUCCGUGAACCGAAAUCGUUGUUUUUUCUUUAGACGCAAAUAAUCAAGUAACUUGUUCUUCUGUCAUUUUAGCUGUAUUGUUACCGGACGGAUCUGUCAGUAAAAUUAUAAAUUAAAACAUUGUCUUUCCGCUAAAUUUCAAAGCCAGACCAUAGUCAAUUCCAAAGUAGGCUGAGCGUCUUGUGCGCGAGUUUUAUUCCAAUAUUAUUCCGAAACCGGCUCACGAGUAAUGUUGAGGGACCCCAGCAAAAAUGUACUUUUCUCCCAGUGGGGAAUUGGACGAUUUUCCUCAUGAGACUUUCAACCACCCCUUUCGUCUUUCCGCCGCUCCAUUUCAGGUUAAUUUCCUUUAAGCUAAUGAUAAUGGCAUAAACAGUGAAUUUCGCUUUCUGGAAGAAACUUCCGGCAGGACGAUGACGGAAUAGGCGAGGUUCCAGACGUAAAGUAUCGUCAUCCGCGAAUUGUUUGGUAGUCAUAGAGUGCAGUUAACGGUGCCAAAUUUGUCACAUACACACUAGUUCUGUUUACAGUACGCUCGCAAAGUAGUCCUUGUGGAUAAGUAUUAUGUCGUCUUUAAAUUAAGAAGUCGACUUUCAUUCUCUAAGGAACCGCGCUUUUGUUGGUCGAAUAGAACACCAUAGCAAAAACAAGAUAACGGACAAUCAACCUCCGCUUAUAUCCAUCUCUGUGUUAUGUGGUUUGCCGCAGAGUAUGCGUCUAAUUCACGCUGUCUGUGUCCACGCAUGCCUGUCGAAUCAAUAGGAUGCCCCGAGAAACCUUUGUAGACAUGCAAGUCGAGUUGAUCUCCCCUUAGUUACAACCUUCCGUUUUGGUUAUGCUCUUGAAAAAGAAAGGUAAACAGUAGGAUUCCAGUUCUCAAAUAUUCGAAAAAUUUGGCCGUUUCAGAGUCGCUAACUUACUGCUCAAACCUCGAUAAACUUCGUGGACGCGAAGGCUUUUUGGCCAUUGGAUUUUAUUUGUGUAAUCGAUCUUCAUAGUGUGCGCCUUAUAUGGUUAAAUGACAAAUACACAUUUAAUUGGAUACCAGGACGUGAGAAUUCAGUCGAGAACAUUGAUGUGGCCUUUGAAUAUUUGAAUACUUCUUCUAACAGCAAAACACUACCUAUUUUACGAUCUUUCUGGUUCGGAUGCCAAUAUCAUAUCUAUUCAUGGUUUCGCUAAACAAUAACAUACCCUCCUUCAUAGUAAUCGGUGUUUCGCAGCUUCAUUAUACGCGCCAGACAGGCAUACGGCCAUCCGAUAAGAUUUUAGCAAUCCGACAGAACAUUUUUAUCAGCAGGCGAAUCAACACUUACCUCUAAAAAGUCUAUGCAAAUUUUGAAAUUAUGUAUAGUUGAGGGCGAGUUUUGUAUUUUUGUUUUUUUACAGGAAACUUCGUAAACAACUUACAAGUGAAGUCCCCUCCCCACAGGGUGAUGCUCCAAACAAGCCGCCGAAAUUAUGCGCACCAGGUUAGUUCUUACUGAAGGUACUUCCCCGAUCAAGACCAAAACACCAUCUUCAUCGAAAGAUUUGCCGAAAAAACCAAAGAAAACAGUAAUAUCCUUGUGGGAAUUAUUCGCCGUUGUUGCUCAUGCGUGCUCCAGAUUGAGACCACCCGGGCUUUGGUCUAUGUUCUACUGCUGUUUAAUUGAGCCACGGGUUCCCACUCCGUGUUCUGGUGUCGGUGGGGUUGACAUUAGCGUUAGACGAACUUUAACCGAUCUGUUUUGACUAUGGAAGGAAACACGCGUGCUCCGUUCUGCUGUGGGACUGAUCAGUCUCAUAUACAGCGCCCACGCUGAUGUUACUUAUUUCAUGAUUAGUAGUUUGUGUUUUUUGAAACACAAACCUAGAGAGAAGCGAAAAAAGGAAUGUGUUCAGUCAAUUGCAGAGCAGGAUUUUGACGAAUUUCACUAUGGCGCACUGCCUACCCCAGCGAGCGAGAAUACAGAGGGAAGAACAAUCUAGGUCACAUGCCUAGGUGUCAAUUGUCCAGCAUGCAUCUUUAGUGUUGAACCCUAGGCUAAGCUAUUAGUGCUUCGAAGACAUCUAACUUGAGAAAAUUGGCAGUCGCCGCCUUUCGAGCCGUCGGAAUCCCAGCUCAGCACGACCGACCACCGUUUCGAUCGUCAGUUGUCAUAUCUCAUCCACGUGAACGGAAAUCCGCAACAUGGAUGCGAUUAGUUCCACUGCAUUGAGAACCUCACGGCAUUAUUGAACGAAUAUACGGCGCCUCUAAAUGCCCUUUCAUGUGGUAUUGUAAAAACUCAAAAAGGCUCAAGUUAUUACGUAGAAAAAAAUGGAACGUGACGUUCAGCGCGAGGGGAUGUUUUACGCACUUGGUAAAUCAGUAGACACCAUUUUGUAAAAAUCAGGCGCCUUCGUCCAGCCGCCUUCUUGUCUAGGUAGGUGUUUUUACCUGUCUGCAGUCCCUUCACCAGGAACCGGGGCUACACUCUUCUGGAGAACCACUUAACGGAGUUUGCGCUCAUUCUUGUCGGAAAAUUUUAAUUGGCCUUCGAACUUCUCUUCGACACUUUAAAGUAAGAUAUGUCAGUGAGUUUAUCACUGGGUUUCAAAUCAAGGUACAUUUUUUAGCCAACAGAGCAAUUGCAAUUUCACUUGGGCUUGACUCUUUGCAAUCGAAGUAAUUUACCCAAGCAAAACAGAUACUAUAUUCGCCCAGAUAAACAUGUUGAAAAAGUCGAGUGUGUUUUACGCAGCCCCCCCCCUUGAUUGUUGUUCAGAAAUCCACAUUUAGUCUUAUGGUUCAUAACGGUUCGCCCAGCAAUAGGUCCUGGGAGGAGUAACGUGAUGCGUCGAUUUUGACCUUCGUUAGCGUAACUGACGUUGAAGUUGCCCUAUCAGGCUAAAGGCGAAUUUCUGUGUGAGAAGUUGAUUUAUUUUAGUGUUACAAGAUACCAUACCAGUAGCGCAGGUGCUGGCCGAUUUUCUGCUGCUGUGCGGCUCAGUUGCGCGGAGUUCGGCUCAGCAGUGGGUCCCCCUGCCUCCCCUGUUUUUUCUAGUAGAUACUCCAGUCUAGAGUAUGGUAGUAUGGUAUCUUAUAAGUUUAGACUUGACGCGCAUCAAGCCUCCCAGUUACCAGCCUUGCAUCCACUCACAUAACCGGUACCAACUUAAACUUGUUUAUACUACUUGUAACUUGUUAGUAACCGUUAUUGAUUACUAUUUUUUGACUAGCUGUCAGCGAUUAUGUACAAAACCCCUUUUUUCUCCUUCCCACUAUCAAUGUUUUUUUCCGACGACUUGUAACCAAUAGGGAGUUCAAAGGCGCUCGCCUAUAUUUCUCUUAAUAAACUGAAGCUGAAACUAGAAUAUACUACUAGCUGCCGGUUGGCAGUUAAUGGACAUUAAGCAUUUAUCCCGCUGUGGUUGAUGGACUUCGACCCAAAUAUUCACACAUAAAAUUUCGAUCUGCACCUUUAGACCUUGGUUUAAACUGAUUCUUUCCAAGUUGGCAGUUAAUUUCUGGGGAAAUUAAAAAGCAAAAAAUUGAUUUAUUCUUAGGGCUACGGUUACCAGGCUGGGAUAAUGGUUUGGAUUCAGGGUUGAGGCUAGGGUUAGGGUUUAUGACUUAGGCCUGCGGUUUUCCGGUUAGGGCUUAGUGUUACGGUUUGGGUUAAGCUUACGCAUUACAGGCAUGGCGGUCGUUGGCGUUAGGAUCGUAGUCUUCCCAGGGGCGCAAGUACCAUAUCCUUAAACUUAGUGUUACUUAGUGACCAAAUGCGGAUAAGGUGGUCACGGUUGGCCUAUUCACUGUUCUCAACGGUUAUCAAUUAAUGCCGGUAGCCCUGGCAGUAGGUAUUCCGUAUUAAAUGUGGCAAUUAACAGAAUUUGUAAGCAGAAUGGUAUUACCGACAAAGACAAGGGAGACCGGAAUGGCCAUUUCUGGCUUAUUAGCCGUCGUCAGCCAGCCAUACCCAAACCCGAAGUGUGGAACACCCGAGCCUCGAACUCGCAACCUGUUGGUUUAGAAGUCCACGCCUCUACCCACCGGGCCACGAGCCCGUUGCUCUGUCGAUUUUCGAUCGGGAAUAUACAAUGGUAGGGGGCGCUCACCGAUCGUUCAUACGGAACUCACUCGUUCCGUUGUGCCUUACGGGCUCUCUCUCGAGCCCAACCAGCAGCCGCACAGUGGCGCAUGAUAUAUAGGCAGAAUGGUAUUACUAAGGCUCGGGUGUCCCACACUUCGGGCUUGGGUAUGGCUGAUUGACGACGGCUAAUAAGCCAGAAAUGGCUUACAUAUAUAUUCAAUCAGGAAUGGGCGCACAUCCUUCUAUUGGUUUCACGAAGCAAACAAGCUCCGUAUGUGUGGCAAAGGUCACGAACAGGCAACCGAUUACCUGGCCGAAGUCGGCCAAAUCAUAACAGCAGCGAGAAGGGACGACAGAAGAUGCGGGUAGAUUGACACAGUACUGUUUCGGGCGUAUUGUGGCUUCAUUCAGCCAAUCAUAGUCCUAACUAUUAUGACUUGGCCGACUUUGGCCUGAUAAUUGGUUGCCUGCUCGUGACGUUUGCCACCCAUACGGAGCUUGUUUGUUUCGUGAAGCCAAUAGAUCGGUGUGCGCCUAUUCCUGAUUGAAUAAAUACCCGAUCUGCAGCGACAGACAAUGACAGGUGGCGAGGCACUGAUGAACUUCGGUUCGAUGAAGUGCUUAUGACCCUUCUGGUAGAGCCCAGUGGUGGACCAACUGCGCCAGAUGCGUCUGUGCACAUGUUGUCUGUUUCUGGUCCCAGCUGCUGGUGGUCAGGAUUAUGAUUGGCUGAAUGAAGGCACAAUAUGCCCGAAACAGUACUGUAUCAAUCUACCCGCAUUCUCUGUCGUCCCUCCUUGCUAGAUUAUGACUUGGCCGACUUCGACCUGGUAAUUUGGUUGCCUGUUCGUGACCUUUGCCACACAUACGGAGCUUGUUUGCUUCAUGAAGCCAAUAGAUCGGUGUGCGCCCAUUCCUGAUUGAUAUAUAUAUUUAUUUAUUUAUUUAUCAAGUGAGUAAUUUCAGGAAUUACUCAGUGCAGGACUUGGAGUUAAUCUUCGGGACAUUACUUUUUAGGGUCAGAACCGAAAUAUAUAUAUAUAGUAUGUACUGGAAGAUGGGCAUCCCAAGAAAUAUAAUUCGUAGAAAAAUGAGUCCUUUGGGAAAAUGAACAGAUCGUCGUCAGACGUGUAGAAAGCGUGAAAACCAUUUAAAAUUUAAGUAUGCCCGAUAUAUCGACAUUGCCUUUUAUAUUAUACAUUACUAUUAUAUGUAGUAUUUAUUCAAUGCCAAUGAAGACGCCAUCACUGCUCGUUACCUGAUUGCCUGCUCUCCAGAUGCGCUGGGCCAAAUGAGGGCCAGACUGUUCCCGGAACGCGUUCUUAUUGAUGCGCCGUGUCUGCGCAAACCAGUAAUUAUUGCUGAACAUGCUUUUGGCACGCAUUGCGACAGUUCUGCCGUCGAUUUCAGCGAGGUUCACGGGGUGAAAGCAGGGACGGCGACUUGCGCCUGGAUACCUUUACAUGGUAGUAGACUUGCGCAGCAUCUAUUUCACUCUCCCCCCAACUGGACCGGAAGCGAGGGAGGCCGCAGCUUGCCGACAUGGCACGCAUCCACGCGUACCAUCACACCGCUGGUCCACCAAUAAACACUUGAAUAAUAUUUUUAAAAAACAACAAAUAUUGGAUACACCUGGGAUCCUAGUGGGCGAGACGUGAGCCGGUAACUGGGCCUCCUACUGCACUCCGAAUGCUGGCAUAUGUUGUAGGUACGCAUAUCCCAUAACGCCUGCCCCACUUCGAUUUUGCCCUCAUAAUGGCUCAUCGGGCCUACCACAUGGUCAGUCCUAAGAGUACAAGCGCGCACUACAAGUAGGCUAUCACACAGCGUCACCCGAUUGGCCAUAUCUAGUCACUAGUCCGCAGAGAAUCUCGGAGAGUCAACUGGCGCAUUCUGACACGCUUGAAGCUAUAAGGACGCGCAAAGAGCUGGGAGGUACUAAGUGGGAAGGCUCCCGACGGUACAAUUCGAUCCUCCUCAGAAUUGAGAUUCGAGCCGGAGUAGCUCCUUCUCGUCUUAAUGACACCCUCACACAUGUGAGAUCUGAGAACGCCUAGUAACUUCUGUGGGGGGCAGGUCGUGUGUGGCGCGCGUAGAGAGGCUUUGCAACUUCGUCAGACAUUACGCCUGCGCCAACCUUAGUUGGCCUUUUCAACUGGCCCGCCCCCGUGUGAUAACCCUGCCCGACCUACAAACUUCCGCUCUCUCUAUGGCGUGCCACGGGCGGACGCGAAUGGCCUCUGUACCUCACCGUUGCCGUCGUAGUUGUAGCAAAAUCAGCGUAGUCAUUGGCCUCUCCGCGUCAUUUCAUUGCGGCACCCCGAAGUGGAGCCCGCACUUCUUUACGCGUUGGUGCCGCUUGGCCUUUGAUAGGUUUGUCGUUGGCUGGCAGUCCGUGUUGUAGGGACCGUUCGUCCACCGGUUUCUCACCAUCCGCCGGGCGACUUUUAUGCCCGUUAUCGCGCGACUGUGUCGGAGCAUGUUGACUUUAACCUGCUUUGUGGCCUUUCGCUGCUGGGAGGGCAUUCUUCUUACUCGUUUACCCUAGUUGCCCCGCUUGGACUAAUCUGAUUUUUGUCCGCAUCUACUCUCGCUCGAAUCACGUUUGAUUUCCACCUAUCCUUCCUCCCCCCCCCCUAUCCUGUUGCCUCUUGUCUUUUGGCAGAUCAGUGGAAGUGGCAGUCUGUGAACGCCAUCGCAUCUCGCGACGCCCGCCUUCUCUCCUCCAGGCAGUCCACCGGCAGUCCCACAGCCACCAGCGACCGGACGAAAGGGAAGUUGUCGGCCCGACGACAGCCGAGAGGCCAGACGGAUCAGCCUCGGAAUCCCACACUUCGGCCUGCCGCUAACCCUCCUGUUGCUCCUCUGCCUCAACCAGCGAAACUCGCAUCGGCACCGACUCCGGGGGGGACCACCCUGUCAAAAUAUGCACCACUGCCCGGCAUAGCACGACCCAGCACACAGACUAAACGUAAGCUUGUUUGAGCCUCGACUGAGCAUGCCACCUAUUAAAAUCAGGUACUCAGGUGGCAGUCAUGCUCGAUUACCCCCACCGUAACUUCUGUUGUAGACAACGCCUGAGACUUCAGCGGACGGCACUGUGUGUCCCUAGGUUACAACCCGUCGGCGUAGGCAUGGGCCAUCCGUUCCAGGCAGCACCACGGCUUCCUGGGGGUGGUUAGGACUGACUGAUGACACCUAACAAACUGGAAAUGGCCAUUCAGGUCUCCCACGCCCUUGUCGGUACUACUUAUUUGCAUGUAGUACUGCUCGUAAUGCGACAGCCUACGGGGCUCAAGAUCGAACCCCAAAGAGAAAUGUGACGAGUUUGUUCCUUGUUGCGGCAGGCGGAAUGACCAAGCGGCUAGAGUAAGUGCUCUGAGCGCUACAAACACCAGGUCGAAUCCCAAGUCGUAGGGAGAGAGACAGAAGGGACCUGAAGGAGGGCUUUAUUGUGCCCAAAACCCGGAGUUGUCCUCUCAGGCGGCAGUGGCCACUGGCGAUGCCAGGGCUGGUGUUGACUGCGUCCAGUCAGGCCUGAGAGUCCCGAAGAUAGUGGUGGCAGCCGCUUUUGUAGGCUUGUGGGCGAAGCACAAGUGGUGGCCAGUCAGCGUGUGUUGCAUUUGCCGAGGGGUGGUGGUGUCCAAGUGGCUUAGGUUGCGGUUGCAGGGGGGGGGGGAGCGUUCAAGUGGCCACAUGGGCAGCUGCGGCUGUGCGGACGCCGGUAUGCCCGAGUUGUUGGUCGUGUGACUUCAGGUCAGCGCGUCUGGCACGGCUGGCUUCAAGGGGUGAAUGACCCUGAGACAGCGAGGUCUUGAGCGAUGACGCCAGACCGGUUAUGAUGGCUUCCCGCUACACCCUUAACAUGGACGGUGAGCUGAAAAAAUUCCGAAAAAAGACAAGGGUGACUGAGAUGGCAUUUUCCAGCUUGUUAGCCAUCAUCAGGUAGACCAGUGCGGCUAACGUAAAUGCAUCAAAGCCUAUUUUCUGCCGAAAAAGACCCCAACUAGUGGAAAGGCCGCCUAGACUGUGCGAACAAGUUUUACGGUGGAAUUGCUCCAAUGACUUGUAAUUUGGCAAUGCCUGAUUCCGUAAAUAGAGACAAAUCAGUGGCGCUAACAUGAACAGGGCAUCGGUUGGGUGAGGGACAACAAUCAGAUGUCGGUAGACUCUGGAUCGUGUGUUGAUAUAUGUACUUGUGAAAUCUAGUUAACUAAUGAUGACUGUCAGUUGUACUGAAGAGCGGAGAAACGGAGAUCAAUUGGACACGUGGUAAGGGAGAACAGAUACGUCUGUCAGGUAAUUAUAUUGUUCACAUUUUAUAUUGAACGGAUCUCCAGGUUAAAACCUCAUUCGCACUAAAACAUCCUGAAACUUGGCAAAAGUGUCUUCAUGCCACCAUACAGAGGUUUACCUUCGUGGGCAUAGUUUAUUCUGGUCUGUAUGGAGAAAUGGACCGUUGUAUGUAGAGUAUCUAGGUUCCAUUGGCCGCGUAACUUCGGUAUUUAUUUCCCGAUCAGUCAUGGAAUUAAGGUGUUGUCAGAUCUUUUACUGACCCAUUCGUUCGGCCUUCUCGCAGCUGAAAGUGAACUCACUAGAACCAUGUAUCGUAUGAAUUACCUUCACUGCGCUUUGUUAACAAUCCGCUAAAGCUAGAUUUGAAAAAAAUGACUCCAUUAGUCAAGGGAUCUCUGGAGACGUAUACAAUCCUAUUUGGAUUGGAAUAUUUCAUGCAAUAAUUUCAGUUUCCUGGAUUCAUGACCGCAUGUCAUUCUAGAGACAGUCGAAAGCAUCUUAAGGUAUAUUCCAAGGAAUUGACUUGAUUAUUUCUUUACUUCUCAUUUCACUUCAAGCAGAUGAGAUUUCUCGCUUCCGGAGGCAAGAGUGUAACGGCCUGAUUAGUACGGAUUAGGGUUAAGAAGGCGGGAAUGCCCUUCUUCUAACCGAAGAUUGUCAGCAAUGGUUUGUGGUCCGUCAACAACGUGAGGUGACGGCCAUACAACAGUUUGUGAAACUUCUUGACGGCAAACACCAGGGCUAUAGUCUCUUUCUCUAUCUGCCCUUAGUUCUUCUCCGCAGGAGUUAGCGUGCGAGAUGCAUGCAUGAUCGCCUUUGCAGACCCGUCGGGAAAAGUAUGUGAGAUGACGGCACCAACUCCGUGGUUGAAAGCAUAUGUAGCAACAACGAUCGGCAGCGUCGGGUCGUAGUACGUGAGCAGCAGAUCUGAACUCAGCAUUGACUUUAGUUGGGCAAAGGCCUUUUCACAGUCCGCGAACCAGCACCAGGGAGCAUCCUUCUGCAACGGUCGGUUGAGCGGGGCCCGUACGUCAUGCAUAGAUGGUAAGAAGUCCGCUAUAGUAGCUGAUCAGGCCAAGGAACGAACGAAAUUGCGAUACAUUCUUGGGGACAGGCAUCCCUUGGAUGGCCCGAAUGUUUUCAGGAUCUGGAUGGCGGCCAGUGACGUCAAAAACGAAUCCGAGGUACUUGAUUGAGUCGAGGAAGAAUUGGCACUUGUCGGCCCGCAGGCGGAAGCCAUAUUCUUACACGCGUUCGAGUAUUGUGCACACUCGGUCUUGCAGCUCGGAAGGGGAGCGACCCACGAUGAUGAUGUCGUCCAGGUAACCAGCUGUGCUAGGGAUGCCGGAGAGCAUUGUGUUCGUCGUCUGUUUAAAUAGGGCCGGGGCGGUCUUGACACCGAAGGGCAUUCUGGAACAUUGGAACAGACCGCAGUGGGUGUUAAUGGUCAACAAUUCGCGCGACUCUGGGGCGACCUCGAUCUGCAGACACGCAUCAGUGAGAUCAAACUUGACAAAGCAAGUGCCACCAUUCAGCAGGGUGAAAAAAUCAGCCGGAACCGGCAGUGGAUGGCAGUUCGGCGUCAGUGGGGCAUUGAGACCGGUGGAGAAGUCAGCACCAAUGCGAAUCGAGCCAUUGGGCUUCAUAACCACAACGAUUGGAGCGGCCCAGGCGGAGUAGGGUACAGGAACUAGAACUCCCAGUUCCUCUAGACGCUUCAGUUUAGCCUCGACAAGUGGUAGCGCUGCAUAUGGGACUGGUCGCUUUGAACGGAAGACUGGUUGACUUCCAGGAGACAGAUGUAGCACGGCUUGAGUGUAUGUGCAAUGACCCAGGCUGUCUUGGAACACUGGAGAGCGUAUGCGUACCCGACUCUUGCCCCCAAUACCAACGCGGCAGAGAAUGAGAACGCGACCGGCCACGAAAAUGUGUAUUAGGAAAUUGCAAGUCAAGAUUAGCUGGCAGUAACGCAUAUUUAUAACGCCCUACUGUGGUUCGCCGGCAUUCGGCACAAUGCCCUUAGGGAAGAACAUUCCAGGCGAGCUGGUCGAUAAUUCGAAUACUCAGAUCGAUCAGGCCCGAGAGGAAAAGCCAAUGGAGAGGCGUCACGAUUACGAUGACAGCGCUGUAGAGAAAACGCUCGGGGCGUCCAAUGAUUGGCUAGCUCUUGUUUUUGGGAGUGUAGGCACUCCCAACAGUAACUAAUAGGUCCUGCCGUUAUUUAAGCACUGAAGGUUUUAUUGGUAUUAUAAUAAGAAGACGUUCAUUCUGCCUAUUUGAUAUCUAAACUAUCGCUAACUUGCCAGUCCGAAUUACUCGAAACUUUUCUUUCCACUGUCCCUCAAGGUCAGCCUUCUUUUAGUCCACGGAGUUCUAGACUAGACCUGCAAUGCAAAAUGGGCAAGCAUGUCGCAUACUCCAGCAAGGUAGGCGAGCGUAUAUUCCAGGUCGAUAGGAGUAAGGGUCUGCAAUUUAAUAGUACCACUUAUGACCUACUGCCCAAUGAUCUACGAGUCCGGGUUCUGGUCUCGGGUUGGGCUAUGGCUGACUGACGAUGACUAGUAAGCCAGAAACGCCCGUCCCAGUGAUCUCAGUCUGCUUGUUGCCAGUCGUGCCUCUCUCGGUGAAGGCCCCCAGACACACACGACCAGCCAAAGAUGCCUGUUUUACGGGAAAGGUGGUAAUAGGGCUUUUACGGGCGGGACCUAUGUAUGCAUAGAGGAAUGGCAAAAUAAGUAUGAAUAAUCGAUAAAUUUGUUGGUAGGAUUCCUGUUGGUAGCCCUCCCGGCUAAUUGCUCUACACAUUGCUUACUACAACAUUCGCGUCUAGCACACAACUGCUGCUUCAGUUCCUAACAUACAUGUGACCUUAGUGGCAAUAAAUUAUUAUUUUCGGAAAAUCAGGAACGCUCAACCCAAUCUGGAGCUAGGAUGCAUUCAUUCCGCAGACCGUACUCAGUAUCCACGUUCGUUUUUAUAUCUCUCUUUCAUUUUUCGCCAUAUUUAAUUUUGGCUACGACUUUAGCAGGGGCAUCAAUUCGGGGCAUGCACUAUAAACGUCAUUGACGCCUGCACACAAGUGCCCCAUCCGUAUAUCCCCCAUUACCACCGGUCCCGUAUGACAGGGAGCUGGGCGAUUUCAGUACCGGGAGGGCUACCAACAGGGAUCCUACCAAUUUUUUUUUCGGGCGGAAAAGUUUUAAUGCAUAUAGCAACCGAAAUUAAGGAGGACACUUAAAAAUAAACAGUAGGUGUCUGCAACGAUCGCUUUUCAACUCUCUGAGCUAAGUGCAUUGUAGAUAAUGCACCAGACCGUCUACAACAGAAAACACAACCUUGUACGGUGAAACACCGAAUCGAAAUAAUCUUGUCGGACCUAAAUCUACUUAAAUGAGUAGGUAUUCUUUGUAUGCUGCAGAUGCCUGGGGGCCCUCACCCCAUGCUUACCGCGCUCUCUCGGCAUAGACCGUAAUUUACCUAUGCAGAGGAUUGAAUGGCUUCUUCAAUACUUAAAACACUCGUCAGGAGCAAAACAAUUCAUUCGCUCAAAAGUGAAAAGCUAGGCAUCGAAGGUAUUAUUUGCUUCCGUGACAUUUAACACUCGCAUGUUUUCCUCUCUUUUUGUGCCAAAACAAUGCCAGCGUCCACGAAUGACCGUGUCGAGCAACUGGAUCUCGCUCUACGCCUUCCAGACGGUCUGCGUGUUCAGGUAAGGGCGCACCCACAGGAAAUUCUCUCCAACCUGAUUACCGAGGCCGUUGCCCAUUGGAGACCGUCAAUGCGUCAGGCCUGGGCCCCCAGCUGCCUACGAUGUCUGCUGCCCGCCGACGGUCUCAGUCAACGGGUGAUAGAGGAUCUGAGACAGACGCUAUCUUUUCUCGCCAUCGUAAACCGAUCUCUUCUUAUCCUGCAAACAAUAAACUGA